CCCUUUGACGUUUCUGUUCCGGUGGAGCGGAGAUGUGCAGACGAGAACGCGUGAAAAGUUACGCGCCACCUUGAGAAAUCUCGCAGUUGUCUCUUGGUCGUCUCGUAGUUCGGAGCGUGAGGCCAGGACAUCUCUUGUCCUCCCGAAUUAUCGUUCGCAUUGAAACAACAUUGAUCAAUCAUCGGCGCGAAAGGAGUAGAGCGACGCUAGAGAGUGUCGUGCUGGCUGCACGUCGAGUGUUACAGCAUACGACGCUGCGGAUAUAUCUCACGAGAAGAGAAAAUUACGAACAAGAUAAAGGAAGGAUGUCCUUGAUGAUGACGAAAUUGGAGUAUUAACGCUCGAAACAAAAGGAUAAUAAGAGAAAUGCCUUUUCUUUAAUAUUAAUCGUUUACGCUAGCGAGCAUAACUACUGCCUCCGAACUUCUCUAUCCGUGACAGUGAAAGUGCCGAGGAAAGAAGGAAAAAAGGCCGGCUGCCUCUUUAACGAUACUCGUAUUUACGAAAGAUCGAGCAAGAACGUCGGUUGCGAGUCGGUACUCCGCCGUCGAAUUUGAAAACGAGCAAACGCGUGUAAAACUGCGUCGUGUCAUUCACUGAUUACGAGUACCACGAGCAAGUGCAGUCCAAAAAUCAACCAAUUCCUCACUGAAGAUAAAGUGGCGUCAGACAGAAUCAUGAUGAAGCGUAAACUGGCCCGGUUAUUGUACCGUUUAAUUAUACCGUUCCUGCUUUUGGAAAGAUGUGGCAGCAUCGAGAAAUUGAAGAGUAUAUAUUCCUGGAAGGCUUUGGAAUUUGCCUUCCCAAAUGAGCAUGCGAGACACCUUGCUAUUCAAGAAGGCCGUUUUAUUCCUGGUGCAUCGGUACCGAUCGACGUGGAUUUCUAUCACAAAGCUAAACAUGGGUCUAUGGUCUUCAUUACGAUUCCGAGGAUUCAAAACGGGGUUCCGGUCACUCUCGGUUACGUCACGAACAAUGUUUCUCCUGAGGGAAAUCCGAUAAUUGCACCUUAUCCAAGCUGGGAGUGGAACAGAUUGGGGCACUGUGACGCGAUCACCAGUGUGUUCAGAGUGCAGGUGGACUCGUGCGACAGGUUGUGGGUCAUCGACACCGGCAAACUCGAGGAACGGCAGAUCUGUACUCCUCAAUUGCUGUCGUUCUCGCUGCGAACGAAUAAGAUCCUCAGCCAGUACAAGUUUCCUAAAGACCAAUUCAAGGAUGAUUCCCUGUUCGUGACGAUCGCGGUCGACAUCCGCGACACCGGCGACAGAUGUCACGACACAUUCGUCUACAUCGCCGACGUGACUGGAUACGGAUUGCUCGUCUACGAUCAUCGCCACUCCCGCUCAUGGAGGAUCACCAACAAUCUGUUUUACCCCUAUCCAGCCCACGGCACGUUCCACAUCAAGGGAGACACCUUCGAUCUCAUGGAUGGCAUUUUGGGACUUGCCUUGAGUCCCGUGAAGCAGGACGGCGACAGGAUCUUGUACUUCCACUCUUUGGCUAGCAGAGUCGAAAGCUGGGUACCCACUUCUGUCAUCAGGAAUUACAGCCUCUUUCAAGAUCACUCCGACUCUGCGCCAAGGGCGUUCCGUCCAUUCGCUAUGGAAAGGUCAUCGCAGUCGGCCGCUCAAGCCAUGGAUCAGAACGGGGUUCUCUUCUUCGGCCUUUUGUCAGAUCUCGCUUUGGGAUGUUGGAACAGUAUCAAAUAUCCUGAAUACGGUGGCACCAAUACAGAAAUCGUUAUGGUCAAUCCCGAAACACUGCAAUUCCCGUCUGGUUCAAAGAUCAUCACUGCGAAAAACGGCCGUCAAGAGCUGUGGAUUCUCACAUCGUCGUUCCAAAAAUUCAUGACCGCGACUAUGAGCACGAACGAGACGAACUUUCGGAUACAGGCCGGUUACGUGGACGAGUUGAUCCGUGGUACCAAGUGUAACGGUGCGCGUCUCAACCUUGACCGCGAUCGCAACUACGGGAAGCCGAUGUUCGCCAAGUGAAGAUCGUGGCACCACGGGGAGUUCGACGAUUCGCAUUUUCAGGCGGUGACGUCUGUCCGGUGGCACAAGUAUCCGAAUUUCUUCUCGCAGUACCACCGCUCCCCACCUUCAACCUUCAUCCCGCCAUCGUAUUCAUUCCCAACAAUUUUUACCAGACCAACCUACUUCCCUUGGAUCGUGAGGUCG